GAUAAAUCCAAGGGUUGUUUUUCUUUCGCCUAUCUAUUACAACUACCACCUUAUCCAUCUUUCAGCCAUGAAGCCAUAUACUGACAGUAUAACCCGUGCUCAAGCCUUAACCCUCAAAGCCAUCGGCUGGUCAAACGACAAAAUCGAAGAAGUGACCGGUAUCACCGCGCGUACCCUCAUUGACCGCGCGAUCCAGGCAGGGUACGUUUCUCAGACUCCUAACGGUCUUCCUGGGCGGCUCGAAAGCUCCCACGUUGCCAACGCACCGAAGUCGGGUCGCCCUCGAAACCAGGAAGGCUAUCAGGAGGAGGUCCUUGCCAAGGGGGGCAGAUCUCCGCAAUGACGGUGUGGCGGAUUCUGCGUAAGGCCGGCCUGAAGAAGUUGAAGCCCACUCGAAAGCCUGGGUUAACGAAGGAAAUGCGGGCGCAACGAUUAAAGUGAUGUCUUAAUCAUAAAGAUUAAACCCUCGAAGAUUGGAUGAAGGUGAUCUGGGCCGAUGAAACAUCAUAUUUGGAAGCCGGAAACUACUACGGAGAGGAAGGUGGCUGAUGAGG